UGCUGAACCAGUAAGAGGUCUGAACCAUUAAGUGCUGAACCAGUAAGAGGUCUGAACCAUUAAGAGCUAGUAUAUUGCUUAACUAUUCAGAGGCAAAUGUCUGAUCAAUUCAGAUAAGAGGUCUUAACCAUUCAGACUCUGUAUAAUACUUAACCAUUCAGAGGCAAAUCUCUUAACCAUUCAGACAUCUGAAUCAUUAAGAGGCUGAAAUAAACACGGAGAGAGAAGAAGUCUGUUUCAGCAAGGGGACACAUCAUCAGAUUCUUUCUUACAUAACACUUCCAUAUAUCAUAUCAGAGAGAAGAGAGAGAGAGAAGAAGAAGAACACCCCACAAUAUAAUUCCAGUUCUCUCCCACCGUCCUUCGCCGGAGGGGCAUGAGAAUCUGCAUUUUGAUGCGGAUUCGAAAUCUGGGUCUCCCUCAAAAUGCAAUCUUUAUGCAAGUCCAACCUCGAUUUGGAGACAGGCGGUGAUGGCGGCCGGUCUUCCGGAGAGGAACUCUGCGUCGGCGUGGCGGCGGAAAAGAGAAGGAGAUCUUCGGCGGCGUCGGAGUGCCUGGUGGAGGUGGAUCUGGAAAGUGGGGACCCGGAAAAUGAAGGGCAUUUAGGGAAACCUGUGAGGGAUUGCAGGAUAUGCCAUUUGGGGUUGGAUGCAGAGAAUCCGGACUCUGGCUUGCCCAUUGAACUGGGCUGUUCUUGCAAAGAUGAUUUGGCUGUUGCUCAUAAACACUGUGCUGAGGCUUGGUUCAAAAUUAGAGGAAAUAAGACUUGCGAGAUAUGUGGAUCGAUAGCGCAAAGCGUGGUCGACAUAAAUGAUGCCGAGCACGAUCCGGAGCACUUGGAGCAGUCGAGCGACGCAAGUACAGCUGCGGUGACCACAGAACUGCCGGGACCCACGACCGAGUCCCGGGACUUCUGGCAAGGUCACCGUUUUCUGAACUUCUUGCUGGCUUGUAUGGUGUUUGCCUUUGUCAUAUCUUGGCUCUUUCACUUCAAUGUACCCUCAUGAUUAUAAAGAUCCCUUGAUGGAAAAAAAUGGAACAUGUGGUUAUGGUGCAUGCAGAAGAAUUGAUGAUUAUUAUAAUGUUGUUCAAACUAGCUAGCACCAGAUCUUCCUCAAAUUUGUAAUAUUCCAUGUUGUAAUGAUGUUAUGUUGUGUGUGUGCACGUUGAAUCAAUGUAAAAGAGCAUUUCCUUGUAACUUAAAAUCAAUUAUUCAAUGUUGUUCCUAGAAUAUAUCAUCUCUAAUUUAAUUGUCCACAUUUCAAAAAUAAUAACUCAAGUUAUAAAAACUGGUAAUUAGU